ACGCCCGAGUACACUAAGUAUAAUAUUGGUUCUUAUAGUAUAUUUUCUCAGAUAAGCUUGCCUGAUCAUCAAUUAAGUGAUACCGACUUUCUGAAAAAUAACGCGGAGGCGAUAUACGGUGUAACAGAGAGAUAAAGCUAUGAGAAUGAGAUUGGUGGCUAUAUCAAUUUCAUAUCUAGCACUGCUCACACAAGAACGCCAUUCUUAAUAAAUUGAGAUUCAAGUGAUCAUCAAUCACCUAUAGUUGUAUUACCAGUGCACAGGUGCCAAAAGGUAUACAGUGAAAGCGUUUGAAACAUUAGACAUCGCGAAUAAAUAAAAUCUGCAUGGCCCUAACACAAAACAAAAUGCUGCAAAUCGUCGAGAAAUUUCAAGAUAAUUGUAUCACAUCACAAUUUGAUAGUUUGAACUGUGGUUAGCUCAUUGCUUACUGUUAUACAAGGCUACCAUUACGAACCAAUUAUCAUGAAAAUAUAAUCCAAAUCAUAACUUCAAGCAAAUGCCUUGAUGCAAGCCUUUAGAAUAAAUAUGAAUAAGGAUUAGUAGAGAGUCUAGGUAAGAAGCAUGAGUCUAAGACUGUAUUAUGACAAGGAACAAAGUAUUUCUACAAAAGGGCGAACAGUUUGUGCCAAAAUAUGAAGAGAUCAAUCCAUUUCAAAAGGUUCCAGCCCUUGGGCAUAAUGGAUUCAAACUGAUAGAAAGGUGUGGCAAUUUUGCAAUAUCUUUAUCUGGAAUUCAAGAUUAGCUGGAACAUAUUAGGUUGAAGAACAAUCCAUUCCUCACAGGUGACAAGAUUAGCAUCGUUGACAUUAUAGGUGCCUGCGAGGUUGAACAACCAAGAAUGGCAUGUUUUAAUCCUCGCGAAGGUAGGAGACAUUUCACUGCAUGGCUUGAAAGAUUAGCUCAAGAGACAAGUCCUCAUUAUGAUGAAGCAGAUAAAUACGUUCAUCAGAUUGCAAACAAGUAGUUAGAAAUACCACCACACAGCUUUACCACGCUUUAAUUGAAUAGUAAUUAUGAGAUGAUGCUGUUUAGCUAUAAUUUUUCGAUAAUUGUUUUUAAGUUAUCGUUAUACAGUCUGUUAUGCGUGCAAUUAAAACGGAGCCAUUAUUUGCGUA